GAAAAGGAGUCGAACCACAUGGUCCAGAUUUUCGCCCUUCAGGCAGAUCUCGUGCACCACGCAAAGUGUACAAAUCAGAGGAACGUUUGACAACCUUGCAUGGGUUUUGCCAGCGCUCAAAGCAAAAGGAUAUGCCAUCCUGCAGCUGCGAAAUGAGGAUUUGCCUGACCUGAGAAAGCUGUAUGCGCAGUCGCGCGAGUUCUUUCAAUGUCCUUCCAAAUACAAGGAGACCUUCAAGUUCUUCCCCAUCCCUGGAGGUUACUUGACCCCUUAUCCUGGCACGUAUGAGGUGUUCGAGCUCCGGCGUGGUUUGCCCAAGUGUCCCCAAGAACUUCAGCAGGCAAGCAGAGAUGGAAACGACAACUGA